AAAAAAGUGCGAUGUGGUGGAAUUUUUAAUCCUUAUCCUAUCAAAACAUUCCAUUUUUGAUACUCAAACACCAAGUUUUCUGCGUCGCAAGUAAGUGUCUCAAAUUCGUGAAUAUCUCGGUUGUGCAGUGGAAAAUAGCAAUGGCCUGUCCGUAACAUAUAAGGCCGUCCAAAUCACAAUGAGUCCGAAUAGCUUUUUGCUAAACGUGGAGGAUAGUAUUCGCAGCAAAAUCAGCUGGCGGAAUUUGCCUCCGGACGUACGAAAGGCACUAAACGACAAUGAAAAACGCUACGAAAAAAUCAUUCUUGAGUAUAGUCUCAAGAAUCAACUACGAUAUCGAGGCAAUUUAGUGCAUAGCACGUUUGGCCAUGAAAAGUUGUACUAUGAAAAAUUAAUCGAGGAAAACAUUCGAGCGCUGCACCUUUUUCCGUACCAUCUUGCUGAUAUCGUAACCAAGGGCCUUCGGUUGACUCCGUUCAAUUAUUACGCGGAUAUGCUUGUAUUCUUGUUGAACAACGAUAAGAACUAUGAUUCCUUGCCAAAUUUUACGGCUGCAGAUUGUUUGAGAGUGGUUGGGAUUGGUCGCAACGAGUACCUAUCUAUUUCCAGUGAAUUAAAAACCGGAUCGCCUAAGUUAUUCUUCAAACGCAAUCCGUACUAUUUUUUGCCAAAAUUUCCUCGUCGGAUCAUAAUCGAACCAUGGUGGAAGAUCGAGGUUGGCUACGUGCUGGAGAGCGAUGUGCAAUGUCUGAACGCAGAUGAAUUAGCCGUGAUAGAUCAGCUGAUCGACUACGGAGCACAGACGGCGGGAAAUUUAGAUUAUGAAGUGGUCCAUAGUCUUUACAGGCGGGGUUUAAUUUAUCUAGACGUGCCAAUCAGUGGUGAAGACAAAAUAAGCAUUCCACCGCUGCAGAACUUUGUCAUGAAUCGAGUAAGUGGUGAUUACUUUGAAAACCUGUUGUACAACGUGUUUGUUACGGCCGACGAGCAGUCCACUAUUGCGGAGCUUAGUCAGAUUCUCCAAGUGCCACUGGACACGGUGAAGCAAGCUACAUCACUGUUCUGUCGGUUGAACUUUGCUCGUCGCAAGCAUACCACUUUUGCCAAUCAGCCGGAUCCGCAUGAAAGUUGGCGCAGUGCAAAGCGUGAUUUGAUUCAGCAGCAGCAACAGAACGCAGGGAGAACAAUAUUCAAUUAUCAUUCUCUACUGCUUAGCCAAGAGUCGGUUGAUAGUGAGCAAAGCGAUCGACCAGGAGAUCUCCCAAUAGGGUCACAGGACAGUCCAAGUCCAGCCGAAGACAGUCCGUCUGAUUUCUGUACUCUAUCGGACUCUACGAAAACGGAAGAGAACCGCUCACCUGAUGCCAAACGAGUUGGAUUCAUUUUCGAUUCAACCUUGACUGCAUUCCUUAUGAUGGGUAAUCUUUCGCCAGGACUGAAAACACAUGCUGUAACACUGUUUGAAGUCGGCAAGCUGUGUGACGAAGGAAUGAACGACUUUCUACGCGAGUUGGAGAAAGUGUCCAUUCUGGAUGCCGAUGGAGAGGGUGAAGUUAGCCGUUACUUUCAUCAUGCCAUAAUUUUAAGAUCGACCAUAGUUGCACUUAAAAACGUCCUCAACACUGAGCUAGAUCUGCUUCGACUGGAGAGCCUGGAAGCUCUGGACCUAAAAACCCGAACCCGUCUGCUGGAAAAGAAGUACAAAUUCCUAAUCGCGGCCGCGCCGCUUUCCGGGGUUCUUUCCACUCCAUUUACCAUUCCGUUUUUCGGUCAGUUCUAUCGAACUUCGACCAAUUCACACAUUUGGACGAAGCUAUUUUACUACCAUAUGGGCGGCUAUGGUCCACCCAGUUUGCUGCUAACCAAAGGGACCGUCCUCACACACUUGCCACGUCUUUUCCUUGGCUAUGGAAAGCUGCUGAUUACGAUCGUCCACACGGAGUCGUUCAUUCUGAACUCGGAACGGUUCGCAUCGUUGAACGAACACCUCAAGAAUGGUUGUGUGCUGAUUCAGGGCUACGGAAUAAAGCAGGCCGCCGAAACGCACUACGAGGUGUUUCCGUUUGGCGAUUCGAGCGAUCGGGCGAUAGGCUGGAGUCGGCAUUCGGCUGUUCGCAGACUUGCCGGCGUUUUGGAUUUGCAACGCAGCUUCGGAUAUCUGACGUUUAUCAGAACUGGAGUACCAGAUUAUGGAUGCGACAGCUACGAUGAAAAUGUCCGUUUGAUAGGGGACAAGACUAAAAGCGAAAAUGUGAAAAGCAAAACGUCCACGCUGAAGCCGGAUCAGCCUAAACCAAAACCAGUGCGCUCCAAUACGAUCGGUUCAAUAACCUCGAUCGAAAGUGAUGACACUAGUUUGAUUGAGGAUAUCCGGCGAAUCCGGGACAUGCACGACAUUGACGCUUCGUUAGAGGCUGAAAAUGAGCUGAAUCAACAGACGGCGCAGCAGCCGGAAGAAGCUGCAGUGGAGAAUCGUGAUCUGGUGCUAGAGUUAGCCGAUGCCAGUCGGAAUGCCGAUUCGGAUUCGGAUGCGCGAGGGCGCUCACCGGAGGUUAAGAUGGAGGAAUGGACAAUUUUAGACGUUCAUUUCGGAAUACCUCUGUUUGAUGUCGAUUGUAACACCUCAAUUUGCCAAAAUAUUAUCAAAAAACUAUGCGUGGAUGAGAACAUUGAAAGCAUCCAGAAUGUCAACUCUCAAAUGGAAAGUCGAUACUUAAAAUUUAUAUCUCAAUGCUUGUACUUCGAAGACGAAAGCAUGGAGCUGGUGAAACCGGGUAAGUUCGUACCGAAACCACGCAUCAGUUUGGUGUUCGAGAAUGGGAAAAUCAGCAGCUGGAACGGUAAGUGAGGAUGAAACGUAAUCAAUGUCGAAAACAACACCAAAAGCGUAGCUAUUUCUGAAACUAGAGUCUUUCGAAACAAAAAAAAACUUCUUGAUAAAAAAACAUUCAGUUCAAAAUCAAAUGCAUUCCGUACCGUACCGUAACACGUAAAUUGAAUUUAAAUUCUACUAUACUUAGAGCUAUUAUUAGAGUAAAGCUUAGAGCACGUCCGAGCCCCGUCGGCAUUCAUUCGCACACCCAGCGAAAACAGACACUCCUCACGACGACGACGACAACGGGAGCGAUUGAUUGGUGAUGGGUAUAGUAGCCUAGAGCGAGAGUCCGUACUGGAUAUACCUAGCAGUUUUAUUUUAUCGAUUUAAGAUGAUGUACAUACGAGACCAGUUUUAAGCAAGUCAGCCAAAAAAUAGACGGGAAAAAUAUAAUUAUUAUAA